AGCACGAGAAUCAGACUGUGGUCGAGCAAUGGCUGCUCCCCUCCCUCCUAGCCUCAAGGGCGGCCUCUCUUCUUCCACCCCCAUCUCACACCAAAGCAUUCCCCCAAAAAUAGAUCGCUAUGAGGCAACAAGGGACGGGAGAUUGCUCCCCUUUCAUCUUUUUUUCGUUUCCCGUCCGCCGUAUCAUGCGGUGCCCAGGCUGGUGGAUUGGUGGCGGCUCAUCGUUUUCCUCCGGCGAGAUUCGGUCCGGGCCGCCGACAACCGGAGAGGCACCCAGAUCCAACAUCAACAGGUGGCAACCCCUAGCGCGGGCAUCAGCCUGUCAAAUUUGGUUGGGCAAAUCACCUCCACAAGUUUUGGUCCCAAGACCAGCGAUUUGGGGAGGAGAAUCAAGCGAGGAAGAAUCGGUGCUCGGUCCUUCGGUGUUCUUGAGGUGCCGAUCCCCACCGGGGAGCAAUGGCCGGCUGGGCGAGGAAUUAGGGGUCGAUUAGGCAAGCAAGCAGAUCAUAUAGGAUGAGGUGGCCGAGGAGCAGAUUGAAAUGGCUCCUCAGCGCAUGCCUCAUUUCCCUCCUGCUGCUCACGCCAACGGACCGCGGCGGGCUGCUGCUCGUCGCCGCCAUCAGGAAGAACUUGUUUUGGCCGCCGCCGCCGCCUCCCCAGCCGUCUCCCCCGAGCCGAAUAGGUGACGAAUUGGUGGAACAAUUAUGGCUCAACUGUAGUCUAGAUAGGAUAAUCCUUCAAGAUGUUAAAAACCAGUCCCAUCACACCCUUGCACUCAGCACCAAGGAAGGAAUGAGCACUUAUAUGUCUCCAGAAGUUGCUGAUACUAUUCUGGACUGCUUAAGCAAGCAUAAUUUUCCUUCGCCACAUGGCUCUGGGCAUACACAGGAGGAAGAUGCUGAGGAGGAGGCAGGAAGCUUAUUGCCACAUUCCAAUAAUUUCAAACUGUCUUUUGCAUCAAAAAUAAGAUACCUUCUUGAAGGAGCUUCAACAUCACAUUAUUCUUUGUCACCGCCAGCAAAACAAGCAAUCAGGGGUCUUUUCUCUUCCGAAGCAGAGGAUCGUCCGCUAGCCGUUAGCAUAAAAAUUUCUUUGGGAAAGAAGCGCAAGGAUGAUGACUCGGGUUCAUCCACUGCUGUCAUUGGUGCAGUGGCUUGUGUAGCAUUGGUGGCCCUUGUCGGUAGCUUGUGUGGGAUGUGUGACGAAGAGCCAGCAUCACCGUAUGAUCUAGUGGGGGGUGGUGAACUAACAGGUUCUUCCCGUAAGGAUUCCGCCACCCAGAUCGAUGUCAGUAGGCUGGGAGGAUUGACAAACAGUGCAUCUGAGAAACAGCAGCCUGAAUUUACAGUGCCAGUGAUGAGGUUGAAUGUUGAAAAACCAGCCACGAAACUGAAGUCAGUAGGAGCAGCAUCAAUGAAGGCAGAACUAAUGGAGAGACACAGCAGGUUUGCUUCAUACGAAGUAACGACCAUCGCUGGACAGCCGACGGCCAAACCCGAGAAGGCUGCAGUUUCUUCUGCAGGUCCACCUCCGCCACCUCCUCCUCCACUUCCAGGUGCACCAGCACCACCACCUCCUCCUCUAGUUCCAGGUGCACCAGAACCAGCACCAGGUGCACCAGGUGCACCAGCACCACCACCAGGUGCACCAGGUGCACCAGCACCACCACCACCAGGUGCACCAGCAGCAGCACCACCACCACCACCAGGUGCACCAGCACCACCACCGCCACCAGGUGCACCAGCACCACCGCCUGCACCAGGUGCACCCGCACCACCACCGCCUGCACCAGGUGCACCCGCACCACCACCGCCUGCACCAGGUGCACCCGCACCACCACCGCCCGCACCAGGUGCACCCGCCCCACCACCGCCUGCACCAGGUGCACCCCCGCCCCACCACCGCCUGCACCAGGUGCACCCGCCCCACCGCCUGCACCAGGUGCACCCGCCCCACCACCGCCUGCACCAGGUGCACCCGCACCACCACCUGCGCCAGGUGCACCCGCACCACCUCCAAAGCCGGGCGGGCCUCCUCCUCCAGGGCCACCAGCACCUCCUGGUGCAAGGGCUGGAGCAGGACCUGGACCUCCACCUCCAUCUAAAAGGUGGUGGACCGGGGGGACCUCCGCCACCAGCAAUGCCCGGUGGUCCAAGAAAAGGACCUCCGCCGCUUAAGAAGCCAGGAGCUGCAGCUCCUGUUGCAGACUCUUCGAAAACAAAGUUGAAGCCCUUCUUCUGGGAUAAAGUUACUGCAACAGAUCAAGCAAUGGUGUGGGAUCAAAUUAAAGCAGGAUCCUUCCAGUUUAAUGAGGAGAUGAUCGAAUCUCUUUUUGGUUGCAAACCUGUUGACAAAAGUAAUGAUAGCAAAAAAGAGCCAGCAAAGGAAGCUCCUCAAGUCGUUAGGAUCCUAGAUGCUAAGAAGGCACAGAAUUUAUCAAUAUCACUGAAGGCACUCAGUGUUACAGCUCAAGACGUGCAUACUGCAGUUACAGAAGGGCAUGAUCUCCCAGCCGAUUUGAUAACAACCUUGCUACGGUGGACCCCAACCAGUGAUGAGGAGCUACGGCUUCGGCUGUACACUGGAGAAAUGAGUCAACUUGGUCAAGCGGAGCAAUUCUUGAAGACCAUCAUUGACAUCCCAUACAUUUUCCAGCGCUUGGAGACUUUGCUUUUGAUGGCCAGUUUGACGGAAGAAGCUACAAGUGUGGAGCAGUCAUUCAAAACCCUAGAGGUUGCCUGCGACGAGCUUAGGCACAGCCGUCUUUUCAAGAAGCUACUGGAGGCUGUACUUAAAACUGGCAACCGAAUGAAUGAUGGCACCUUUCGAGGGGGAGCACAGGCGUUCAAACUGGACACCCUCCUGAAGCUGGCUGAUGUCAAGGGGCUCGAUGGCAAGACGACGCUGCUGCAUUUCGUCGUCCAGGAGAUCAUCCGCUCGGAGGGUGUCCGUGCCGCGCGGGCGGCCAAGGAGCAGAACAGCAGUGUCUCCAGCGUGAGCGGCGGCACCGAUGAUCUCUCCGAGGAUGUCGGCGACGACACGGAGCACUACAAGCAGCUUGGCCUCGAAAUGGUGUCCGGCCUGUCUGACGACCUCCAGAAUGUCCGCAAGGCAGCGAUCCUCGACGCGGACGCGCUUACCAUCGCGGUAGCGAGCCUCGGGCACAGGCUGGUGAAGGCGAACGAGUUCUUGAACACGGGCAUUAAGAGCUUGGAGGAGGAGAGCGGGUUCCAACGCAAGUUGGCCCAGUUCGUAGAGAACUCCCAGGCGCAGGUGACCCGCCUGCUGGAGGAGGAGAAGAAGCUCCGCUUGAUGGUGCGCUCCACCGUGGACUACUUCCACGGCAGCAAGGGGAAGGACGAGGGCCUGCGCCUGUUCGUCGUCGUGCGCGACUUCCUGGUGAUACUGGAGAAGGUGUGCAAGGAGGUGAAAGACGCGGCUGCUUUGGCCGCCAAAGCAGCCGCUGCCAACAAGAAACCGGCGGCAGCGGCAGCACCGGCGAAAGGGGGCAAGCAGCCGUCCCAGUCACAGCAAUCCUUCCGCGACCCUCGGCAAGCUCUCAAGCCCGCGAUCCAAGGCCGGAGGGCAAAGCCGGACAGCAGCUCCAGCUCUGAUUCUGACUAACACCUAGCUUUCUAGGCUAGCUACAUCAAUCAUGAUCAUGGCAAGGUACCUCAUGGAUGGCAAGAGCAUACACAUGAAGGAAAGGAGGAGCAGCCUUGACCUCUGCUAUGUAUGUAUAUAUGUCUGUCUGUAUGUAUGUAUCAUUCUGCAUUUCACAUCACACUGUUGUUAGAGCGAUGGGAUGAGAUCCCAGCGUAGGUAGGGUAGUUAAGGGGAUGUGGAUGGUAGGUCAGGUCAAUUGACUGCUUGUAAUCUUACCUUCUGUACUUUUACUUAGUCUUCGCCAACUAAUUAUACAUGCGACCGGGUGUCUUUUU